AUGUUAAGCCGAUUUUCAGACGUUUUGCAAACUGCUGCGGACGUUCUUGCCCCGCCGCCGACGAGGCUUGAAGAUUUCGAAUAUCACUGGAAAAUGGUGCUUAACUUUUAUCGAAAUUACGAUGAAAAGACAAAAGUACACAUAGAAGAUACAAGAGUUCCCCAUCACUUGCAUCAAAUGUUACAGUUAAUAGUUGACGAAGAGAAAGAGCAACAUGGUGGGACAGUGGGGCCUUGUCUGGAAUCAAUUAUCCAGCGUUCCAUAUCGCUGUUAGACGUUCUGGCAGCGCUGGCAUCCGUAGAUAGGCCUCCAGGUGCCAGGGCUAUGGCACUCUCAUUGGCAACGGCCCUAUUAAGACGUACAAGAAGACCGUGUAUUAAUAGCGCCCAUGUUUAUAGGCCUUUGCAGAGGAUGCUAGUACAGUGCAAUGAAAGUCCAGCAUCUCCCACAGAGAAGGAAGAAGUAGAGCUUCUUCUAACUUUAUGCGGUUUAGUCCGCAAAGAAACUGGCUUAGCGAAUAUAUUCACUACGCCAUUCGUAGAGGACAAAGCGAGUCUGCUCAGCAUACCCAAAGAUAUACAAGCAUUGAUACCAAUCAAGAAGAAAGUUCAUACGCCAAAGAAGAAUCCGUUAUUCGAAGUGAAUAUGACGCCGAGUCCAAUGAAAACUGUUUCCAUUGUUAGAAUAAAUAAGGACGAUAAUUGCGUGCAGUCGAAUAGUUCUGGUGACGAUCACGAAUCUUGUAAGAGUCAGAAGACGGUUAAUGAAGAUAAUGAUAAAUUCCUCUUGAUCGAUUUGUUACUGUCUUAUUUGAAUAGCGCUGAUAAUCAAGUGGUUCUUCGUGCUUGCGAGGGUAUAAUGAUAGUGUCGUCCCUCCCGGAAGACGAUAUCGCUAAUUUGGUGACAAGCAGCCCCGCCUGUGAGACGAUCAUCGAUAAAUUGGUGAACAAGUACCGGGCCAUCCCUAGCGAUGUCGAUCCGAAUGAUGUUGACCAUUUGAAUAUUACGUGGGCGUACGUGGCCCAAGACUUCGGUGAUAAAAGUUACAAUCGCUUCCACGGCUACAGAGAGCUGACAAGUUUCUUUUCGUGGUUGGACUACGUCGAUACUUUGAUGAAGGAAUGCCACCCCACCAUAUCAUCCCACCUGGCUCGUAUAUUCCGCUGCCACUUCCUGGACGCUGUUCCCGAAGCAGCAAACGGCGCUGUGUUAGCUUCAGCGUUACUGGCGAAAUGUCUUAGAGUGUUGGACGCGAGUGAUCUCAUACAAGAGUUCUCAAGUUGGUUGGUUGGUGAGGGCGAGUGUGAAUGGUCAGUUCUAUUGUCACUAGUUGACAAUUGUCUUACCGACAAACACGACCUUACGUUGGAAACGCUGAGGUUUUUUGAGGCUAUAAUAGAAAAAGGCACGGAACACAGUAUGGAGCGACUAGUGCUGUCUCGCGUGUGGUCACGCGGCUACUACCACUCACCACCCACCGGCGCGCUUCAAGACGAGAGGGACAGACUCAAUGACGUCUCACAUGCGAGGGAAAGAGAGAGAAAUAGGGAAGCGAUGCAACAAAUGCAGCAUGAAGAGAAAAUCAACAGUCAAGUGAGUGAGCUCUUGAACGAUGGAGGAACGGAUUGUGAUAUACACAGAGUUAUAAAUAGUUUCCUGUUGGUGGUGCCUCGUGCCUUGUUGUCAGCGCCAGGUGACUGCGAGCAUUACUUGCACGACGCACAUCGACACUAUCAGCUCUGGUUGGAUAUCACGUCUACUUACAACUGGCCAACUGAACUAAACUGGAACGAUAACACCGCUAGUUCAACUCACUCGUAUGAUAGUAGGCCUGAGGCGGACAUACAUCUCGACGAUGUUUUUAAUACGGUUCACAGACAAAAAACCGAUAAAUGUCAAAAUGAAAUAUCGGCAAAGAAAUCGAAUUCAGAUAUCGAUACCGAAAAAUCGAUUCAACAUAAAGAUUCAUGUCCGUUCUCUCAAGCCCUAGUUCAUAGACACAGCGAGGCGUCUAAUAGUGAAGAAGAAUUUGAUGAAGGGCCGUUUUUAAAAAUGAUUUUCAAACUUCUUUCGUCAAUGCCGGACCAGCCUUAUCAAGUUAAUUUGCACCUUACGUCCAUUAUAUCAAAGCUCGCUUUACUGCCACAUCCAAAUUUACAUGAAUAUUUAUUGAACCCGAAUCUGCCGACAGCUAAAAAGACUCGCACUUUGUAUAAAACUCUCCAAGAGGUAGCUAAGAGAUUGACGAUGGAGGUUCCACGAAUAAAAAAUUAUAAAAAGAUCAUUGAAAAUACAAGACAACAACUUAUGAGUGAAGAUCCAUCCUAUGAUGAAAUCGGGGAACACAACCAGUUGGUCGAGAGUUUGAUAGUGUUGGAAGAAUUCUGCAAAGAAUUAGCCGCGAUUGCCUUCGUUAAAUACCAACAUAUGACUCAAAUGAAUUGUUAG